AUGUGUUUCUUACAUCACUACUAAAAUCACGUUGUCGAAUGUGGGUUUGAAAAAAACUCGUACAAUUUAUUUUUAGUAUAUUUCGUGAAUUUAUUGUGACAAAAUUACGUUUUGAGUGGGUGUCAACAUUGUCAACACGAAUAACAUAGCAACAUGUCAUGGUUAUUGGGUAGAAAUCGUCAACAGCCGACGGAGUUUAGUGGUGGAGUAGAUGGACCUGACAAACCUGAGGGUCAAACUGCCGGCGAACGUGGUAACGACACACAACUUACGAAGGCCGAACGUAAGGCCAUGGAAGCUUAUCGGUUUGAUUCCUCGGCUCUGGAGCGAGCCGCAGAUGCGGCCAAGACACUCGAGCGUUCAAGACAUGCGCGGGAAGCUCUGGAAUUGUCCAAGAUGCAAGAGAGCACACGACAGCAGGAGUAUACCACCAAAGUAAAAGAAUAUGAAGCGCAUAUUGAACAGGCAAAAGUGGAACAGAAACGCAUUGAUCACGAGGAGCGACGCAAGACGCUAAUCGAAGAAACUAAGCAGCAGCAACAACGUGCACAAUAUCAAGAUCAAUUGUCGCGCAAGCGUUAUGAAGAUCAGUUGGUGCAGCAACAGCGUGUUCAGGAGGAGAAUCUACGCAAACAGGAGGAGAGUGUGCAGCGUCAGGAAGCAAUGAGGCGUCAGACCAUUGAACAUGAAAUUGAAAUGAAGGAAAAAAAUCGCCUAAAGUUGCUUGAGCAUGAGCUGCGAGCUAAGGCUCGUGUAGAUCGCGAGAAUCGCGAUAUCAAUCUGGAGAAGAUUCGCCUGAAAGCACAAGAACACCGUACCACCGUGCUGGAGGGAAUAAAAACCGCUGGCUCAGUAAUUGGUGCUGGUGCUGAGGCGAUGUUGACCGACUGGGAUAAGGUCUUGACUGCCGCUGGCGGAUUGUCGUUGCUAGCCUUGGGAGUGUACAGUGCCAAGGGUGCAACUGGCGUGAUAUCACGUUACAUUGAAGCACGCAUUGGCAAACCAACGCUUGUAGGUGAAACAUCACGUUUUGCAUUUCUAGAUGCACUUAAACAUCCGUUGAACUAUAUUAAACGGUUGCGCUCGAAGCCUACUGAUGCCCUGCAAGGCGUUGUGCUAAAUCCUAAACUGGAAGAACGUUUGCGUGACAUUGCAAUUGCCACGAAAAACACGCGCAUCAAUCGCGGUCUCUAUCGCAAUGUGUUGAUGCACGGACCGCCUGGAACUGGCAAAACAAUGUUUGCCAAAAAGUUAGCCGAACAUUCUGGCAUGGAUUUUGCUAUAAUGACUGGCGGUGAUGUGGCGCCCAUGGGUAAAGAAGGUGUCACAGCCAUACAUAAGGUAUUUGACUGGUCGAAUACCUCAAGGCGUGGGCUUUUACUGUUUGUUGAUGAAGCUGAUGCUUUUCUGCGCAAACGCUCGUCGGAAAAAAUUUCCGAAGAUUUACGCGCUGCAUUGAAUGCUUUCUUGUAUAGAACAUCCGAGCAGAAUCCGAAAUUUAUGCUUGUACUGGCCUCCAAUACACCGGAACAGUUUGAUUAUGCAAUUAACGAUCGCCUGGAUGAGAUGGUAGAGUUUAUAUUGCCAGGUCUUGAAGAACGAGAGCGGUUACUGCGCCUCUACUUUGAUAAAUAUGUCCUACAACCAGCAGCAUCGGGAGCAAAGCGAUUUAAGCUAGACACAUUUGAUUAUGGCAAGACAUGUGUUAAAAUGGCAGAGAUGUGUGAAGGUAUGUCGGGUCGUGAGAUAUCUAAAUUAGGUGUCGCUUGGCAAGCUGCUGUAUACGCCUCCGAGGACGGUGUGCUAACAGAAAAAAUGGUUCUAGAUAGAUGUAGUGAUGCUGCACAGCAACAUAAACAAAAAAUGGCCUGGUUGUCAGAACAGGAGCGUGCUGAUCAUAAAUCAAUAACUGGUGCUUCUGAACCACCUAAGCCACCUCUAACACUCACUGCCAAUAAACUGUGAGUUGGAUAAGCUGGAUCUGUCUGUUGACUAGCAUUCAAAAUUUGUUUAGUUUUAAAAGUGGACUAAGAUGUAGUGUAAAUCGCGAGUAGCUUUUACUGGUCAGCAGAUCCUUUAGUGUGUAAAUACGUUGCAAUUGUCUUCACAAGCAUUUAGUACUGUAUAACAAACAUUGAGUCUUGCUGGUAUAAAACAUACAAUUAAGUUUUAAUUACUGAUAAUUGUAUUGUUACAUAGCAUUGCAUAUUAAUUCUUACUUGUGCAAAGUAUAAGAGAGCUGUUGCAUCUGCAAGUUAAUGCUUUGUAUGUAGUUUUAAAAUUAAUGCCAAUUGCUAACAGCAAUUUUCAAUUGGUAGCGCUAGCAUUGUGAGAGAUUUAUAUUAAACUUCUCGCUGGCGUUGCUUCAAAUUCUAAUUUGGCCAGUGGUUUCCACACAUUUAUUGAUUUAUACAAAAAAAAUAAAAGAUUGUUAAAUUAUAUUUUAUUAAUAUAUAAUUAAAUGGGGCGGUAUCGGAUAACGGAUCAAAUUGAUAGCAAGUAUGGUUCGUGCCUCGGUUAUUAAACGUGGAAACUUGUAGCAUGAGAUGUGAACUACCGCAAGUAAUGAACCGAUGUUAACUUUUGAAAAUAUAUUUACCCUCCAUACAAACAUAUGUACCGUCUUUUUUUAAUUAGAAUGCAAUCAACGAGCUGUUGUAAGCGGGCAUAUUACUAUGCCGCAUUUCAAUCGAUUGCUACUUCAACAAUGAGAUCGUACAAUGACCUCCAGGUUCACUCAGCAAUUUUAUUAUCCAAUAAUUUCCCACUAGCUGCAUUGAAUUACAAGCGAAAAUUUUAAUUUUGGAUUUGAAGAUUCAUUAUCACACUUUAACAUCGAUAAGCAAAUCAGUAAUCCUACAAUCGAUAGUAUCGAUGGUUGCUUUUUUUGUCACGAGUCCAUUUCGUCUGCCCUACAAAUAAAGCGAGAAUUACAUUUUCAAUUUAAACUACAACUCAUGUAUUUGAAAGUUUUGGUCCAAAUCAGUUAAAUACAUGAAUCUGAUAUUAAAGCGUGGCAAGGAGUGGAGCUGUUAGGAUUGAUUUUUUCCAUUUCAAUUUUGAAUAAAAUUGCCUACAUAUUUCACCAGUAUUAGCUUCUCUUGUGGGUCUAUAACACAUUUUCAAGGUUUCUUCUGAAAUUUUAUGCGGCUUGAACAAUGGCAUUUGGGGUUGUUUAGGAAAUGUUCGCUAUAAUCUGCAUACAAAACGG